AUGGGCUUCGUCGAACUCAGCGAAGAGACCCGAGGCCAGCUGGCCGAAUACGUCCGCUCCGGCGGCAACGUGGACUGGGCCAACUAUACCGCCGCGGCCACCCGUGUCGGCGAGACCAUGGCUCUCAUCAGCGCCACCACCCGAGUACCAGUUCGGCUAAUCCCAUCGCACAUCGAACGGAGUGCCUCGCAUAAUCCGGUUCAACCGGCCUGA